AUGAUUGACUUAAGCUACCUGAGCAAGGAGGAGCAGGAGGUGAUCUUGGCUGUGCUGAAGAGGGAUGCUGCACUGAAGAAAGCGGAAGAACAACGGGUCAAGCAGUUGCACAAGACCAUGCGAGACAAGAGCAAGUUGAAGUACAUGUCUGGAGAAUGGUUUUACGAGACCAAGUCCCUCAGACACGGGGACAGGAUCCAUGGCUCCGACAUCAUCAGGGCAUCCAUGCGACAAAGAAAACCCAUGACGAUACUGGAGCUCUCCCAGAUAUGGGCAGAAAAGAGUAGCUUUGUCAACAGCGAAAACAAAGAUGUGUUCGUCCCUCCAGAACUUUCUGGGCUGAUCGAAGAACAGCCAGCUGAGACCAAGACCAAAAGAUGUUGCUGGUUCCUUCCACCAUCUGAGAGCUGCAUAACUUCUCAUACUAACCCAAAUACAGACAGCCCUGACACCUCACCGUCGACAAAAAAUAUAACUAAGCCCGUACCCAGAAAGAGAUUGUUGCUUUACUCGUCCCAGAACUCUCUUUUGGACAACACAGACCCUGCAGACAGACAGAGGAGCUCAGUAAUCCCCAGGGGAAUCCUGAAACAUAGCUCCAGCAGCAGUAGCUCCGGUGAUUCCUUCCCACUCCGCAGCCCACUGUCUUCCCCAUUGAGUCCCCAGAGCCCUAAGUCUCCCAGCGCAGAGUACGGUUCAUUGAGCUGGCUAGAUAGGAAACAGGUCAGGUUCUCCCCUGCCAUUAAUGCCAGUGAUACCGCAGUGCUGCAGGAUGGGCGUGAACUGGGGGAACAUGGUCUACUGGACCAGGAGAGCAGCAGCAGCACGUUCUCUGACCAGGGUGAAGAAGAGGACACACUAAACACAAUCACGACCGGCAAUGGUGUCAACAAUAGCCAGAGUUAUGGGCAGGACACAAAAGAGUGCCCUGGUUCAGAGGCACAGGGCAGGCACCUCACAUCUCCCUCAUGUAGUUCCCCUAUGUGGAACAGUAAACCUACAGAUAGACAGAGGGAAGAGAAGUUAGAUAUGUUUUUGGGCUGUAGACAGACUGAAAUGAGAGGUUGUGAUGAAAGCAGAACGCAGAAACCCAUUGAUCAACAUGACUAUCAUGCUGACCCCCAUGCUGAUCAGGUGUCCAGCCUCCAUGCUUCUGCAGAGGAGAAAGGUGACAGUGUGGACACAAGCCCUGUGCGGACAACAGCCAAACAAACAAAUAUAAGACCCAUGUCUAUAUCUAAAAGCUUGGAGGAUAUUUCAGCUCUGCCUUCACGUGAAGAAAGAUGGAAAAAUGACCCCAGGGGAGAGCUCAAUUUGAGUGUGCAUGAUGUAUCUGCAGGCCUUUCCCCCACUGCCUGCUCCUUCCUGGACCCAGAGCAGAUGAAGUUGAUGAGCAUGUCUGUACCUGCCUUCAGACAGCAGGAGAGCAAUGGCAGAGACAGUGACUGUACUUCAGACAGCAGCUUCCAAAUGAGCACACCAAAGAGGAGCACCUCCCAAGCUAAUCUUAGCAUGUCCUCUGGCAUGGCGUCUAUGUCCUCUGUCAGCGGAAGUGUCAUAAGCAUUUACAGUGGGGACUUCGGCAAUGUGGAGGUCAGAGGAACCAUCCAGUUUGCCAUUAACUAUGUGCAGAAGCUUGGGGAGUUCCACAUAUUUGUGGUCCAGUGUAAGGACCUGGCAGUGGCAGAACCCAAGAGGAACCGUUCUGAUCCGUAUGUUAAGAGUUACCUUCUCCCUGACAAGACAAAGUUGGGAAAGCGGAAAACUUGUGUGAGGAAGAAGACUUUGAACCCCUCGUAUAACGAAAUUCUAAGGUAUAAAGUUGGAAUAGAGACACUUAAAACUCAAACCCUUAACCUCUCUGUAUGGCACAAUGACAAUUUUGGACGGAACAGCUUUCUUGGUGAAGUGGAUAUUGAUUUAUCUGAAUGGGACUUCAAUAACACACAGAUGAGCACAUAUCCUCUCAAGGGAAGGGUUCCCUCAACACCUAAGCCCCAUGACCACCGAGGGGAGAUGAGAGUGGCUUUGCGUUUUGUCCCUCAGACCCACAGUAAAGGGUCAGCAAAAAGCGGUGAAGUACAGAUCUGGGUGAAAGACUGUAAAAACCUGCCUAUUGUCAGAGGCGUAGCUAUAGACCCUUUUGUCAAAUGCACAGUGUUGCCGGACACAAGCCGGAAGAGCAGACAGAAGACCAGAGUGGUGAAGAGAACAGCCAACCCAGUGUUUAAUCACACCAUGGUGUAUGAUGGGUUCAGGCCAGAAGACCUACGAGAGGCUUGUGUGGAACUGACUGUAUGGGAUCACGACAGACUUAGCAAUCACUUCCUUGGUGGUCUGAGGCUGGGUCUAGGUUUAGGUACAAGUUAUGGAGCUGAAGUGGAUUGGAUGGACUCAAACGCCACUGAGGCUGCAUUGUGGGAAAGAAUGACUGAGUAUCAGAACGAAUGGGUGGAAGAUUGGUUACCUUUGCGAAUGUUGAUUAUGGCAAGAAGUAUGUCCAGAUAG